ACUACAGACAGCAGCGCAGGAGUCAUCAAUACUGCAGUUUGAUAACUCUCUCUGAUCGAUUAUCGAUUGGAAGAGGACAUCACUUUCACAUACGGACUCUGUUGGAUAAAUCCCGGGCUGAAGAUUCAACCUUCACUCACCGGGACUCUUGGAUUUUACUCAGUUGUCACCUCGGUCCUGUCAAGUUUAUCCUGGGAGACAUAACGGCAGCCAUAAUGCCGCCAGUGUUACCCAUGUCCAGCACAAACUACGACUACGACUACGACACGAUCCAGCCCUACUUCCUCUUGGAUGGCGAGGAGGAGGACUUCUACCCUCCUUCACGCAGCCUGCUCCUCCCAGGUCCCGGGGAGGACAUCUGGAAGAAGUUCGAGCUGCUGCCGACGCCCCCCCUGUCCCCCAGCCGGAGACCCUCCCUGUCUGAUGUCCCGCUGUCCGCCGCAGAUCACCUGGAGGCUGUGUCCGACCUGCUGGACGGGGACUGCAACCCCUCCGCGGCCUUCCUCCAGUCCUUCAUCAUCCAGGACUGCAUGUGGAGCAGCAGCUUCGCCGCCGCCACCAAGCUGGAGAAGGUGGUGUCUGAGAGGCUGGCCUUGCUCCGGUCCCGCCGAGACUCCUCCACCAGCGCCGGCAACACUAACGAAGAGAGCGGAGCAGCUGAUCAGCAGGUGGGCAGGUCUCAGGUGAACACGGGGUACCUGCACGACCUCCACGCAGCGGCCGCAGACUGUAUCGACCCCUCUGUGGUGUUUCCGUACACCACCCUGGGCGAGAAGAGCGAAGAUGGAGCAGUGAUGGAGGCGGGGUCAGAGCUGUGUCUGGACACGCCGCCACUCAGCAGCAGUGACAGUGAAUCAGAAGAAGAAGAAGAAGAGGAGGAGGAGGAGGAGGAGGAGGAGGAGGAGGAGAUUGACGUGGUGACGGUGGACAGGCGGAAAGUGUCCCGGCGGUUGGACCCCUCCCCGCUGGUCCUGAAGCGCUCUCAUGUCAGCAUCCACCAACACAAUUACGCCGCCAAGAAGCCCGAGCAGCCCGCCGUGAAACGGGUCAAGUCAGAAAUCACCUGCUCGUCGCCGAGGCAGAGCGGCGGCCGCAGGUGCUGGAGCCCGCGGUCGGACGGCGAGGACAACGAGGACAAACGCAGGACGCACAACGUGCUGGAGAGGCAGCGACGGAGCGAGCUGAAGAUGAGCUUCUUGGCUCUGAGGGACGAAAUCCCGGCGGUGGCCAAUAACGACAAAACGGCCAAGGUGGUGAUCCUGAAGACGGCGGCGGAGUUCAUCACAAAGAUCCAAGAGGACGAGAGGAGGCUGCUGACGAUGAAGGACGAGCUGAGGAAGAGGAGCAGAGAGCUGAAACUCAGACUGGAGCAGCUCAGGACUUUACAUUAACCCUUUAGUUUCCAUGUUAGUUGAUUUUUAUUUCAUUCACAUCGUCAUGUUUUCAUGUGUGAACCUGGGCUCAGCAGAUCCAGACUGCAGAGGAACUACAUGGACCAUAAUUCACUGGGCCAGCUGCUCUGACAUCAGCCGUGUCUCUUUGUUUGUAUUUAUUUUAUUUUUUAUUGACGACUGCUUCACACUUUAAUUUAAAAUGAUUGUGUUUUUUCAAAACCGGCGAUGAUCAAUGAUUGAUUUUUAAUCAAUAGUUGCUAAACCCUGGAAUUGUUGCUGUAUUUUUUAAUUAAUUUUAUUUCAUGUAUAGUUUCUAUUUUUAUACUUUUCUUCUUCAGUUGAUUCUUUAUAAAAUCAGCUGCACGAGAGGAAAUACAUCAGAAGCAUUGCAGACUCUUCAAAAUAAAAGCCCCUCAUACACUGGAGGUCU